UGUUUAAACACAUUGACUCAUAUAAUUUAUAUGGUAAAUAUUUAUGUAGAUAAAGUUUCGCAAUAGACAGAAGAUGACAAUUUACGCAAUAAACACACAGAACAUGAAGAACUUUAAGGUACCCUGGCGAAGAUUUUUGUUCACACAAGAACCGGUUACACAGUAAGGUGGCCCUUAUCCAAACCUUUAUCUGCACAUUUAUCUAUUUAUCUAACUAACAAGACCAAUGCAUGAUUCAGUACAAAACAGGAACAAAGAGCAAAGAUCAGUUAAUCUAGUGCAAUAAAAUCUUCUUUUUGCUACAGUUUCGCAUCUAUGUGUAACCUCCACCCUUCUUCGUAUUGAAUUUAUUAAUUGUAACGUAGGAUCAAAAUGAGAAACAUAUUUCUCAAUUUCCUACUAUGCAGUACACAGGUAUUCCAGCAAAUAUCACCUCUUCCUCAACAACAUGCCAUGACAAAUUAGUAUCGCCAGCUACCUGCAAUAUAUUACUACGAAUCAUUGUUAGACUACUAAUUUAAUUGGGCUAGAGUAUAAACUGAGUUAGUUAGACCCAGCCUUUCGAUCCAGGACGUUCGUGCUCUAAAAUCCGUCAUGAUUCGUACAAAGAUAAUUUCUACCUGGACUAUUCUCCUAGUUUGCGGAGCUCAGGCUGGGAUUCUAGAAAGUCCAAAUUAUUACCACGACUAUGCCCCCACGUUCCAUCACUACCACCCACAACCUCGACCUCAACCGCACUACAUCCAUUGCACCCCGGAAGUCCACAACGUCAUCGAAGUCAUUCCGCCACCAGUAAUUGUGCGUGUGGUGGAAAAACGGCGACAAACUGCGAAGGACCUCCUCGACCUAAUUUGUCGCGCUCUCACGGACAUGGGUGGAAUCGCGAGCGAAGACAACCCUGAAAUCGGGGCCAGAAUUAUUGCCAAACUGAACAUCGAGAAGGACACUGCCACCCUGAUUUACGCCGAGUGGAAGGAUGGAGUAAAUUACCGGAGUCGGAGAUUCAAACGCCAAGCUGCUGGGGAGGACAGAGUUAAGAACGAACUUGGCGACCUGCUUACCAAAGCGGGCGAUGUUAUUGAGUCAGAUAAGGAAAAACUAAGUCCAGCUGCGCAAGAUAAGAUUGAUUCGAGGCAUGAAAGAGCUGUGGACGAUUGUCAGGCGGACGUCUGCAAGUCUCAUGCAGCCAAGAGGAACAGAAUUAAGGAGGCGAAAGCGGCGAGAAAGGGAUAAGUAGAUUGGCGUCAAGUAUGCAAAUUAGUAGAUACGACGGAGAGUUUUUUAAGUACAAUAUUUAAGAAUUAAUGUAUAAAUUAAUAUUUUAUAUUUUCUUAACAAUUAUAUAUCGAUUAGAACAUUUUUCUUUAUUUUAACAAACAUUUCCCGAAUUUUAUAACGAAGGUGGGCACCAAAUUUUCUCAAGUAACAUACUUAUGUAACGAGAUCAUGAACAAUGAUUUAAAUUUUCAAAUAAAACAAUCACUAUGGAGUAAA